UUCAACACACUGGAGAUCCGAAGCGUAUCGGGCCAAACUGCUGCCAUAAACCUCUUCGAACCCAAAAGCCCUACCCGUCCCCUUCCCCUUCCCCCACCGCCUUUAACGACAACGGUCCGAGCUCGACCUUCGCCGUCGCCAUCUCAACAAAUCUCCUGCUAAGGAUUUCAAUUUCGCAGGGUUUCUGUGUGCGCCUGUGACAGAGACGGAGGUCAAAAUUGGGGCCAAAUAUGGAGGGGGGUGUUCGAGAAUCCGCCGUGGUGCCCGAGUCGGCGAUGGAUUCAGUGAAGAAGACAUUGGACAAUGUAGAAGAAGUGCGAACUCACCUGAUUUCCUUCCUUUCGAUCUCCGAGCCCGAGGUCCUCGCUCAAAUGCAGCCUCUCCAACGGGCUCAGUCUAUGCUUUUGCUUGCUAGAAUCACUACCACUCUAUUCUCGUUGAAGGUGAGGUGUAGCGGAGUUCACCCCGAUGAUCAUCCUGUCAAGUCAGAGCUUGAGAGAUUAAGCUUGUAUCAAGAAAAACUAGAACGGUUCAUUGGCUUGAGUAAAGCACCAUUAAGGCCUUCUACUACCUUGAACUACCAAGCAGCUACACGUUUUAUUGAACAUUCUCUGCCUGAUCUCACCCAAGAGCAAAAGAAGAGUAUGAGGGAUAUUAGUAGGGGGAAGGGACCAAAAAUUAAGCAUUUAGAGAGGAAUGCACAAAAGAAGAGGAAGUAUCAGUCUUCUGAAAAACAAUCUGUUCAAACUGCUGCCAAGGAUUUUCUUGCAAAAGCAGCGCGUGAGCUUCUUGGUGAAAAUAAUGGAGGUUUUCAGGGACCACUCUGUGGUGACGCUUCAGAUGAUGACCUGCAGGAGGACUGAAUUCCUGAUUUUACUUGGAUUAUGAAAACCAGAUUCACCUGUGCACUUAAUUAUCCCAACUCUCGAAGAAUUGGUCCAUUUUGAAGUUGUAGAGGAUCAUCUGUUUUCUUUUUCUUUCCUUCUUCUUGUUUCUCCCUACAACAUUAAGCCGUUUUCCCUUUACUUUAUCUAGAAGUCUUCAUAUAUAUGCAUUGGAAGUUUCAGUCCCACCAUAAGUUUAAGUUACUAUUAGGACCUGGUUGGGAAUUUGGCUCUCUACUCUUUCUCACAGGCUGAUGUUCUUGGUUGCUUCCAAGUUCCACCCCAAUAUUUUUUGAACUAGUGUGAGUGAUCGACAUGAUUUUGAUAAAAGGAGGCCUUGCCUUUUACAUGUAAAGUAGCCUACAUGGAAUCUGACUUCUUUUUUUUCUUCUGGGUCUGUAUAUGAAUCAGCAUCUUGUUAUGUGGAUUAGCCUUUUGCCAUAAAUUAAUAAUAGCGUGUUAGUUGUGAUGAA